GUGUGUAUGGAGUGGGAUGGCGCUUGGAAUCCUGUCGUAGUCAAGGAAGGCAGGGAAGGAGGAGGGGAGGAAGGGAGGAAGGAAGGAAGGAAGGCGGUCGGCUCCUGCUCAGGGGAGGCCUUUUCAGCCUGAGGAGGCGUCUCCAGGGCGAGCUGGGCUCCAUGGCUCCCUCGAGCGAGAGGCCUGGCGAGGGGCGUCGUCCUCCUCCCCCCCGGGGUCCCUCCCGCCAGAGCCUAAGCCCAGCACUCCCCGGAGGAUGGCGGCCCAGGUGGUGGUCCUCAACGUCUACGACAUGUACUGGAUGAAUGAAUACACAUCUUCUCUUGGGAUUGGAGUAUUCCAUUCAGGAAUAGAAAUAUACGGCAGAGAAUUUGCUUAUGGUGGCCAUCCAUACCCCUUUUCAGGAAUAUUUGAAAUUUCUCCAGGACAUGCAUCUGAAUUAGGAGAAACAUUUAAAUUUAAAGAAGCCGUUGUUCUUGGAAGUACUGACUUCAUGGAGGAAGAUAUAGAAAAAAUUAUAGAAGAACUUGGAAAAGAAUUUAAAGGAAAUGCCUAUCACUUAAUGCACAAAAACUGCAAUCACUUUUCUUCAGCUUUAUCAGAGAUUCUAUGUGGAAAAGAGAUUCCUCGUUGGGUGAAUCGCCUUGCCUAUUUCAGUUCCUGCAUUCCCUUUCUCCAAAGUUGCCUACCGAAAGAGUGGCUUACACCUGCAGCCCUUCAGUCUAGUGUAAGCCAAGAGCUUCAGGAAGAACUGGAAGAAGCAGAAGAUGCUGCAGCAUCAACUUCCCUGCCAAGUUCCACAUCAGGGGCACGAACUGGACAUCAUGCUAAAAUAUAGGUUUGGGCCAAAGUACUGUUACAUUAAAGGCAUUGAAAGUUUUGAAAGUAACUGACGUCAUUGCUGAACUUCAGAGUGUGGACAUUUGAAUAUGUCUUUGGUAUGCAAGCGGUUCUCCAGCUCAAAACCAUGUUUUUUUGCUCAGGAUUUUAUAUGCAGUGAAAAAGGUUUUUUGGAAGAAUUUAAGAUGGAGUUGCUGUCUUCAUUUUCAUCUAAUUGACAAACUUGGACCAACUGAGCAGAAGAAAAACUGUUUACAAUAUUGUGUGCUGCUGUUUACAAGUCCCACAGCGAUAUCUGCCAUUGAAGUACAAACUAUUAAUCAGCUCUAUCAGGCCUUCAUCAGUACCAGUGGAGGUGAACUAAUGGUCUGUUUUCAAUGAUACUGCCUUGGAACUCAGUAGGUUAGAAUAUUUCACUUCCAACUAUUGCUAAUAGCGGAACACGGAACUGAUGAGUACUGUAUGUAAACAGGGUACAUAGGCCUGAAAUCUGUUAGUCCUAACUAGAGUAGACCCACUAAAUCAAUUUGACACGGAGCCAACAAAUAGGUAAACCUUGUUGAGUCUAGUCUAGUUAGAGUUUAACAAUAGAAUUCAAGCCAUAAUGAUCAAUACAAAGAAAUCUGGUCUAGGAAACAGAUUAUAUACAGUAUGCUUGUGAAGAACAAAUCAGAAUCCUCACACUUGAAGCCUAUUUGUUGGCUUCAGAUUGCAGCCUUUCCACUUUCUUUUUUGGUCUCACUUGGAGAUAAGAUCACUUGGAAUAUCAACAGGUUUUUUAAAACUAUGAUCAGAUAACAGAGCCUGCUCCAUGUCACUUAAAUGUAGAACUAUAGGAUAAAUGCUGAUGGAAUACAUAAUCAGUUUUCCUGCAGCAUUACACAAUAUAAUGUAGACAUAGUAACAAUAGGCUCUUGGUUAAAAUUGAUUCGGCCAUUUGACUUCUGCAGCCAGUUCAAUCAGCAGUUAAUUGCUGUUCAGAAGUAAAACUACUUGAGUGAAGAGGAAUGGCAGCUCUGCUGCGAUUUCUUUUCUCCACAACUAGAUUGUUAACCUGCAACAAAUAGAAAGGUUCUUGCCAAUUCAUUGUGUUUCCAGCAGAAUCUUUCAGUACUGUAGGUGACUUAAGUUGCCUCAAGGGUUUUCUAUGUGCCACUUUUUCUUUAAUUGUGUUAAUCUAGAACAGCAAUAUGUAUUGCAUGAGUGAUAAAAGAUCUAUAGGAAUUAACAAAUAAUAGAGGAAUUCCAUAUACACUGUACGUAGCGUCUUCUCUUUUGCUAGCAUCUCUCAUCAAGGGGUGAGUACGGGAGCAGUUAUAGCAAAUUGAAAUUCAAUUCAGAUUUUAUUAUAUGUGUUGCCUUAAAAAUCUUCCAAUUCAGUGAAAAGAGGCCAAUAGGAAAUUAUGUAUAAAGUGAAGUUUUACACAUAAGUGAAGAGGUCUACAUAAAUGAAGAUAUAAAUAACACUUGCAUGUGUUAUUUAUAUUGCUGGAUUUGCUGAAUAAACUGUUCCAGUUAGAAUAUACACAUGGAAUGGGCAGAAUUGGAUGUUAUUUUUUUGACAAAUCAGAAAACUUUAUUUUUCAUAAAUUGGCAUUAUGAUUUAGCAUACUGAUAUACAAACAUUUUCUCCCAAAGUGGCAAAAUGCUUUUGUUGUUUUUCAAUAAGAAUGGCACUAGUCAUUUUUCUAACCACUUCAGUUCCUACUUAAAUUUGUUUUAUGCUCCUCUUCGUGGGAGACAUCACUUGUUGCAAAGUACUGUAUACUCAGGUAUAUAAUAUUCUGUUAAGUCAAAAUAAUUAUUCUCAAAAAUGUGAAGUACUGAGAUUGUUCCAUAUUUUAACCUUCCUUAGCCUUUAAUCUUCUUUAAAACUAUGUUGCAUUAACAGUGCCAGAACCAUUUUUACUUUGUCAUUAGCAUAACCUGUGUUGUUAGUUCCAAACGAUUCCAAGUGUUCGGCCUUAAAUUGCUAGUUCUUUAACUGACAAUAAGCAUUCUGAGAGUUGUACCCUUUUUUGUUUGAACGCUAGAUCAUACAAAUGGGGUGUUUCCGAGUGGAACAAAAAUAGAAUGGUAGAGGUGGCUUCUUUGCACUACAGCUAAAGUGGAAAUAGGAUUUUUCAGCUGGGGUCUGAAGCUAUUAAUGAAUACUGGUUCCAGUCCUGGGCCUAUGUGUGCUGCUGUAGACACAUUCUUCCCUGUGAAAAGUUCUCUAUUUGUUUCAGUGAAAAGGUAGAUUGGUGCAUAUGAAAUUAGCGUCUCUUUCAGAGUGAAUGAGGAGCCUUUGUGGAUACUCAAUGAAGCUACUGCAUCCUCAUAAGAUUCUUGAACUGGGGAGAAUUCUGCAGCUUAUCCUAAAUUGUUUGGACAAACUUUAGGAACUAGCUUGAUUUCCAUAUCAUUUUUAUAACACAAUUGGCUUUCAGUUAAUAUUCACAACACUACACAACACGUCCAUCCUUUUAUAAUCAUGCACACAUGUAAUUCAACACAAUUCACAGCACAAUAAGUAAAAACUAUUUAAAUAAAUGACUACUUCCAGUUUGAUCAGAAUUUCCCAUUAUUUCAUUUUAAUCCAUAUUUGUAGUUGUAUUUCACUGAACAAACUUAACAUCUGAACCCUUAAGUUUAUAUAUAUAUAUAUAUAAUACCUUGAAGUGGUGUGAUGGCAUUUUUGUAUCUUACCAUAUGUGCUACACUCGCAGUCCAAUCAAUUCCUUAAAAAAAACAAGCUUGCCAAAGCCUCUCUCAUAGCAAUAGUUCAAGUUACUUUUCACCAGCACUAGUACUCAGUAAGGAGUACAUUGCCUGCCAGAGGCCAUAGUGUGCAUUAGAAAACUUGAACAAUGUUCAAAGCUAGAAUACUAAAUACCUGGAGUUUUAACAACAAGCAGGUAGAAGUAGUACAUUCAGGGUUUUGUCAUUUCUAAUAUUUGGUUAUUUUUUUCUUUUAAAAUAGAUUACUGUAGUCAUUUUGUAUGUUGUCUUAUUAAAGCCAUUUUUAUCGAGAUGUCACUCUUAUUCAGGAAGCCAAAAACAAGUGCUACAAAUUGUCAGUGUGCAUCAGUAAACAGGAUGAUGGGUUUAUGUUACGAAUGCAGUGGGUUUCCUCUUUAAAACAUGCAAUAUAAUACUAAUCACAAAAUAUGGGAAUUUUCACUUUUAGGUGGUUACAGAUACUGAAUUUUCACUGACACUUCUUUGUAUAACAAAGUUUACUGUAAUGCAUAGUAUUUGUAUGAAAUAGCCAGAGAACUUUGACUUUUGUUACCUUGACAUGUCAAACUACUAUAAACUUGAAUCCAUCCAUUUAUUAAAGAUAAUUUUUAUAGAAAAAAA